CUGCGACGUUGCCCAGCGCAACCUGUACCGAUCCGAGGCGACUGACAUGUAAACAUCAAGCUAAACCUUCACAUUUUCAAACAACGUGGCAAUCAAACUCAAGUCUUUACAUUUAAUUUAAACGUAGUCAAUGCCAAAGAUAAGUAGUGACACGCUAUGGGAGUUGGCCUCUGCGGAGGUUCAGAGUCGGGAGGACUGGACAGGAGGGGAGGAGGAUGGCGGAGUUGAUCCAGUGUCACUCAACGAGAGAACCGUGUUCUUUAUUGGGAAUAAAGCAGGGGGUAAAACUACAAUUUUGCUCCGGUGCCUCGACAGGGAUGAGCCUCCUAAACCAACUCUAGCGUUGGAGUACACCUUUGGCAGACGGGCGCGAGGACACAACACACCCAAAGACAUAGCUCACCUGUGGGAGCUGGGAGGAGGUACCUCCCUAUCAGACCUGGUUCAGAUCCCCAUCACUGCCCAGAACGUCAGGUCUCUGUCUGUGGUGCUAGUUCUGGACCUGUCCAAGCCCAACGCUCUGUGGGGAACCAUGGAGAGGCUGCUUCAGACAGCACGGACCCAGGUGGAGAAAGCCUGCUCCAAGCCACAAAGGUCAGUAGAGUCCAAAGCUGGGUCCAAGCAGCAGGCCCAGAACAGACCCCCAAGGGUCCUCCCUAAAGACCACCCGGACAGAGAGCUGAUCAACCCCUUCCCUGUUCCACUGCUGAUUAUUGGCAGCAAGUUUGAUAUAUUUCAGGACUUUGACUCUGAGAAGAGGAAAGUGAUCUGCAAGACCCUUCGGUUUAUUGCUCAUUACUACGCAGCUUCUUUAAUUUUUACCAGCAGCAAGUCUGAGAGCUUGAUGUCCAAAACUAAGAGCUUAUUCACACAACUAGCAUUCGGGACAGAGAAAGGGAAAUCUAUGUCCUCUGACCUCAGUAAACCUCUGAUCAUUCCUGCUGGGAUGGACUCUCUCAGCCAGAUAGGUUCUCCCCCAACCACAGAUGUGGACAUUGGGACUCUUCAUGCUAAAAACCCUCUAGAUCUGUGGAAGAAAGUGUUUGAGGUCGUUUUCCCUCCUGAGAACACCAGUGAGCACCACAGAGAGCUGAAGGACCCAGCCAAGGACCCCCAGUAUAGUGAGCCCCAGAUUGACUCCAUGAGGGCUCAGAAAGACACGGAACUGGAUCAGUACAAGAGAAACGUGACCAAGUCUUGGAAAGGCCUGGAACUGGAGACCUAACUUAAUUGACUCAUCACCUCUCUCAGCCAAUGAGAUCAACAGAACAGAAUGUUCUAGAGCACAGAUAGACUUCAGCCAUGGCAGAGUCCUGUACUCUUUUAAUAAACCGCACAGACUUCAGCCAUGUCAGACACCUGUACAGUCAUUUAAUAAACCCAGAGAACUGCUCCCAUUAUCAUAUACUGUAGAACGUACUAUAUUUCAGGAAUCCUAUUCUACAAUAGGCCUAGUUGUAGAGAUUGUCUCUGUACAAUACGUUUCAUAUCGAUUGUUUUGGAUUCAUACAUAGAUUUUCCUAUUCAUACAUACAAAUGUUGUAUGGUUAGUCUUAAUUUAAAAAAUGUAGGCUAUUUUGAAAAAAAUAUUGUUUACUUUACAUUUUUACAACAAGAAAGCAAAACAAAUGUUUAUUUUUAUAAGGAGAUUGCAACAUACUGGCAUGUCACUUUCUGCGAGCGUAGAAAACACAUUAGAUAUCCAACAAUAAGUAAUAACAUUACAGUAGUACUUUAUCAUUCACUAGAUUUGUUGCCAUACUGCCAUCAGAGACGUCACACCUAUCACUUGCUUUGCUCAUGACACUCCUAGUAAUUGUGAUACCCAUGAAAGUGGUUCUUGAGUUGGACUAUCUUUACAGGUCCAACUUUACUACAUAAGGAAGUCCAGUAUUCAAUAACAGCAGAAAUGACUCCUCCAUUUCUCCAUCCUAAAUGGGCAGGGAAUAUAACUCAAUUUCUUUUGUUUCUUACUUUCAUUUAGACAGUGAAAUGAGAACGAUGGAAGGGGAGGGACUGCAUAGAAGGUGCAGCACCAAAGAUUCGUAAUGACUGGAGCGGAAUGAAUGGUAUCAAACACAUGGUUUUGAUACCAUCCAUUCCAGCCAUUAUGAGCCGUCCUCCCCUAACCAGCCUCCUGUGCUCCCACAGCCCUUUCAGUCUAUGAUGAUACUGUUGGUGUCAGGAUCUGUUACAGUGUUGGAAGAGGCGGUCUCUGUUUCAGUGUUACAUUUACAUUUGUCAUUUAGCAGACGCUCUUAUCCAGAGCGACUUAGUGAGUGCAUACAUUUUUUUUCCCAUACUGUGUUGGAGUUCAUGUUACUCAGGCAUGGUUUGACAACAUUGGACCAUUUUGAUGUUAUUGUAACUCAAUAUUAGUUUCCCCGCAGAUGUACAAUAUAAAAAUCAGCCUGAUCUGA